AUGGGCAAUGCAUUUGUGAAGCAAGAAAAGUGGGAUGAAGCCAUAACAUGCUACAACAGAGCUAUUGAAUUGGUAAAGGAUGAUGCUAUAUAUUAUGCCAACAGAGGCUUGUGCUAUCUCAAAAAAGAUAGCCUACACCAAGCGGAGACUGACUGCACAGAAGCACUUAAGCUUGAUCCCACAUAUGUUAAGGCCCUACAAAGACGCGCCACGGCCAGGGAACGCCUGGGCUCUCUCCGUGCAGCCUCUAAUGACUUAAAUGAAGUUCUGAAACUAGAGCCAAAUAAUAUAGCGGCCAAAAAGCAACUGGAGGCAAUUAAGGCCCGAAUGGGAACGAAAGGCUCAAAAUCUAAAUCUUCACCAACAUCUGAAUCUAAAUUAUUCAAGGAUAUACUGAAGCCCAAGGUUCAGCCAAAGAUUAUAGAGUUGCCUGAUGAACCAUUGAAAAAACAGGAAUUGAGUGCACUGGAUAAAUGGAAAUCUGGGCUGGGAGAGGAUAUCACUGUUAUGAGACCAGUAAAAAAACCUCCCCAUUUACGAUCAAAGAGAGCAUUAAAGUCUAUCCCCAUACAAGAAAUACCACUUGGAAAAUCUUCACCUGAAAAGCCCCUGACUGGAAUGAAGAUCAUUGAGAUAGAAGAUAGUUUAUGCCAAGGGGAUACAAAUAACAAUGACUCAAACAAAAUUAAAAAUAGAUUGGAAGAAACAAAUAGAGGUAUUAAAGUUAAAGGAGAAGGAGACACAAAAUUAACUAGCCCUGAGUCAUUAAAGCUGAUUACAGAUUCAGUGGUAACAGAGAAAGAGAUAUGUGUUCAUAAUUUGGUACCACCAGUGAAUAGUGUUCAAUUUAUGUCUGAGUGGAAGAAUCUUAAGGGUCAAGGUGCAGCAAGAAGCAAAUAUUUAAGUAUUAUCGAGCCAGGAAAAAUUCCCUUGAUCUUUGAUAAUGCCCUAGAAAGUGACGUAUUGUCGGAAAUACUUCGAAUUCUGUAUGAAGAUAAGGAAAAGUUUAGUGAAAAAUCUAUAACGGCUUAUCUUAAAGGUCUGUGUAAAGUGAAAAGAUUUUCUGCCUUGGCCAUGUUCCUGUCAACUAGUGAUAAACAAUUAUUAAACAAUUUGUUGGAGCACUGUAAAACGGUGGAAAAAUGUAGAGAAGAAGAAAUCCAUGAACUGAAGAACAAAUUUGAACUUUGA